GUAAACUCUUCCAAAGGAAAGGAAAGCGGGUGGGAAGGGAGGGGCAAUCAGGAGAGGGGAAGCCGGGGGGGGRAUGCKAGGGGGGARGGGGGUAGGAGCGCUCUAGGAGCCAUGAGCGCAGGAAGAGGAGACAGAGGCAGRGRGGGDAGGGGAAGGGGGGRAGKAGGAGGCUAUGGAAGAGGAGGUUUUGAACGCCAACCCACCUCGGGGAGAGUAGAUUGGUUCCCUGUGGAAGAGAACGAUUCCGGCAGUGACGAGGAGGAUCAUGAAGGAAUGGAAGGCCAGGUUAAUGGAGGGGGCUCGUCCAGUAGCUGCGAUGAGGUGGAAGAGAUCAGGAAGAUGUUAGACAAAUGCCUCGACCGCAUGGUGAUCCCGGAUAUGUCCAAAUUUGCCAAGUUUGAAAAAAAGGGGAACACAGUUAUCAUGACAGUCCCCCCAGCGGUCGAAGAGGCGCAUGUGGGAUGGAUGAAAGAUAACGUUGUUGUAGUCUUUUUCCAGGGUAACUUCAAGUCGGUAUCGGCGGAUAGGAAGGAACAAUGCAUUAGGGGAUUUGAGGACUCCAUCCUCCCGCAAAGCCUCCACCACAAAGAGAGAGGCAGGGUUCACCAGGAAGGCCGUAAUGCCGUGUCAUACUUCCCGAGGGAUAAGCAACUCAUUGAAAUGAUGCUUAACAUGAAGAGUCACAAAAUUAAAAUUGACAACACCACACACAAAAUGAUGUUCAAAAAAUGGAUGUCCCCAGCAGAGCUGGAGGCCGCCAAAUCAGAACAAGAGGUGAGCCUCUUGGGCAGCAAGAAGACAACCAGCAAUCUGGUGGAAAGAGUGGUAAUCUCCAAGAUCGGCAAAGUGGCAACCGUCAAGGGUACAUCUAUUUUUGGUAGGGCGUUGUUUUUGAACGUGGCAGUCUUCUCGCAGAUAUGGUACCCCCGAGCGAUGAGGAGUUUAGAACCCAAGGCUUAUGGCAAGAUCAGAUCGGUGGCUACAAGGUAUCUAUGGAAAGCAACGGAUGACAAGGCAGUGGGGUAUAUUGCCAAACUUGCAUGGAAAAAGGUAGUAGGGAGUAAAUCAGAUUGGGGUCUAGGAAUUAAAGAUCCGGAAAUGCAGGUGAACGCACUGCUGGCCAGGUGGGUGUUGAAGCUACUUUAUGCAGAAACAGGCCAUCCGUGGGUGGAGCUGGCGGUGGCUAUUCUCAUGAAGGAGUGGGGCCUAUGUAGGAGAGAGGAUGUGUGGUUGGCCCUGCUCACACCCUCCUUAGUGAAAGGACCUAUUAAUUCCCCAGUCUGGAGGGACAUUCUUCGGGCUUGGUCCGAACUCAUGCCGGUGCAGCUCCAAGAACCACGAACCAGGGAGGAGAUUCUGACCCAGCACCUCUUUGAAAACAAUCUUAUUUGCGACGACACUGGGAUCCCCUGGUCCGCCAGUGAUGGCACCGGGCAGUUUGGCAAGAGUUGGAUCCAGAGAGGUGUCGCACGGGUAUCAGAUCUAUGGAACACGGAUCUAACGCAGUGGAGAUCUGCAACCGAACUCAGAACUAAGUUGCACCAUCUGCGGGCAGUGCCGGCAAGGCUCGAUGGAUUACUGUCCAGCAUCCCACAAGCAUGGAAGAACACUCUCGAAGAUCCUGGUCCGGCAUACGAGGGCCAGUGGGUGGUGCAAUGUGGUAGCACAGUUCCCGCAGAAGUAUGGAAGGUCCUGGCCUACUUGGAUCAGGAGCAGGCAGCGGUCACCUCGUUCUCAAUCUCUGAAGAGGGUCAGGAAGCUAGCCGGUGGUUGAAGGAGAAUGAGGACAAGGUGGUUCCAAUGCAGCAGGUUGCCUCUAUCUUGGUCAGCUCCAAGGAAAAACCCAACAAUGAAAUGGUACAUUACUGCCCCAUGGGAGUAAUACCGUCAGAAAUGUAUGGUAUUCAGCAAACGAUCAGCGACAAGUCUCGGCCAGCCUACGACGAACUGUCAGCCUGGAGGUCCACCUUUGCGUCACCAUGCUACUUCGCGCAAAUCGAGGCUUACAUUCGUUUCUUGGAGAUCAACAUGAACUAUUCUUACUAUCCCAUUGGAAAGGUUUUCGCCGCAGACUUCACCGCAAGAGUUGCAUCGGUGGCCAAAGACUGUACGGAACCUCUUAUAACCAAGCAAGUCAAGCAACUUCUCGACAAGGCUCUGAGGCAAGCCAUGGACAAGGUCGUACCUAUCAUCAAGUCCGAAUACAAUUACUGCAUGAGCCUCGUCAGAAGAGAAGCCCACAGAUUGGGCAUUCCCGAGUGGGAACACUCCUCAUACCGCAAGAAGGACGACAGUUCGAAGACGGACGAGAGCAGAAGAUCAUCAAAGAGGCACUAUGAAGACACCAAGGACAGAGGUUACGACUACCACAGAAUGGCCAAGAAGAUUCACGCCGACCACUCCCACACCUCAUCAUCUGACCCUGCAAGACCCGCACAGUAGCACCACGCCAUUUACUAUACCCACCAUACCCUCCAUCCUAUCCAACUUACAAAAUCCCCCCUCCGCUUCAGAUCUCCGCCUCGCAGCUUUC